AUGAACAACCUGUUCUCGAGUUCGUGGAAGCGCGCGGGCGCGGGGGGCGACGGCGGGGACCUGGAGUCGGGCGGCGGCGGCGGGGUGGAGAUGACGGCGCCGCCGGGCGCCGCGGCGGGGGCGAGCCUGGACCGCUUCUUCGAGGACGUGGAGUCGAUCAAGGACGACCUGCGGGAGCUGGAGCGGAUCCAGCGCUCCCUCCACGACGGCAACGAGUCGGGCAAGUCGCUCCACGACGCCUCCGCCGUGCGCGCGCUCCGCUCCCGCAUGGACGCCGACGUCGCCGCCGCCAUCAAGAAGGCCAAGGUCGUCAAGCUCCGCCUCGAGUCGCUCGACCGGGCCAACGCCGCCAACCGCUCCGUGGCCGGCUGCGGGCCGGGCUCCUCCACGGACCGCACCCGCACCUCCGUCGUCGCCGGCCUGCGCAAGAAGCUGCGGGACGCCAUGGAGUCCUUCUCCUCCCUCCGCUCCCGCAUCACCUCCGAGUACCGGGACACCGUGGCGCGGCGCUACUUCACCGUGACGGGGGCCCAGCCCGACGAGGCGACGCUGGACACGCUGGCGGAGACGGGCGAGGGGGAGCGGUUCCUGCAGCGGGCCAUCGCGGAGCAGCAGGGCCGCGGGGAGGUGCUGGGCGUGGUGGCGGAGAUCCAGGAGCGGCACGGCGCCGUGGCGGACCUGGAGCGGAGCCUGCUGGAGCUGCAGCAGGUGUUCAACGACAUGGCCGUCCUGGUGGCGGCGCAGGGGGAGCAGCUGGACGACAUCGAGGGCCACGUCGGGCGGGCGCGGUCGUUCGUCGACCGCGGGCGCGAGCAGCUCCAGGUCGCCCGCAAGCACCAGAAGAGCUCCCGCAAGUGGACGUGCAUCGGCAUCGGCAUCCUGCUCGUCGUCAUCCUCAUCAUCGUCAUCCCCAUCGUGCUCAAGAACACCAACAAGAGCAACAACAACAACAACCAGCAGUAUUGA